UGAAUGUCUCUGCACGUCGACGGGAGCAGUGAUCAAGCUUGGGCUUGGGCUUUCACGAGCCAGAGUGCAUGGAUCCAUUUCCCGCCCCGCUCCCAUCGUCAUCUUUGCUUUCCCACCCCAACGUCGAUCGUCUUUUCUGUCGGCGCGCUUGUCCAUGGCAACCUCUUGCCCGCAAACAAAACCCGCCUCGGCUUGACUAACUGACUUUUGCGUAUAUCCUCCAACCUCGGCCCACCUAGUCAGUCUGGGGAAGCCAAUAUUGAUCGCGCCCCACCCUCUGCCUUCAUCCAGAGCCGCCGCCCGAGAGCUCCGCCGUCGCUCUUGUUGCCGUCCCCUGCCCCAAGCCUCUUCACCCUACCUUUGUACGAGCAAGAUCGGCGAGCAAACAACCAAGGAAGAUACCAGAACAUCGCCUGCGAACAGACAUCCCCGUUCUGCGGCCGCCCGCCGUCCCACGGUGGUGAGCCCACCCGCCAGCAGCGACAUCCAUCGUCCUAGGUACCUACAGUAGUGGGGCAGCAGCACCGCCAACGACAACGCCUUUUUCUGGCAUACCCACCCCCCUCCCUCCGUCAUGUCGGCCGCAAUCGACACCGAGGAUCUGGAGGAGCUCUCCAUUUCCAUGCCUCCGCCGCGACGCGCCUCUGCGAGACCUCCCGACAUGUCCACCACCCCGCAACAGCAGCACCCUCAGGUCCCCGCCCAGGAUGCGAAGAGCGGUCGCGAUAGCAGGGCCAGCCAGAGGCUUGGCCAGUAUACCAUCGUCAAGACCUUGGGCGAGGGCUCUUUUGGAAAGGUCAAGCUGGCCACCCAUCAGGUCAGCGGCCAGAAGGUCGCCCUCAAAAUCAUCAAUCGCAAAAGGCUCGUCACCAGGGACAUGGCUGGCCGCAUAGAGCGCGAGAUUCAGUAUCUGCAGCUACUGCGUCAUCCCCACAUCAUAAAACUCUACACCGUCAUCACCACCGCGACCGAGAUCAUCAUGGUGCUCGAAUAUGCUGGGGGCGAGCUGUUCGACUACAUUGUGAACCACGGGAGGCUCAAAGAAGAGAAGGCGCGCAAGUUCUUUCAGCAGAUAGUAUGUGCUGUCGAAUACUGCCACCGCCACAAAAUCGUCCAUCGCGAUCUGAAACCUGAAAAUCUGCUGCUCGACGACAAUUUCAAUGUCAAGAUUGCCGACUUUGGUUUGAGUAACAUCAUGACCGACGGCAACUUUCUCAAGACCAGCUGUGGUAGCCCCAACUAUGCUGCACCAGAAGUCAUCUCCGGGAAGCUCUAUGCCGGUCCCGAGGUCGACGUCUGGAGUUGCGGUGUGAUCCUCUAUGUGCUGCUUGUGGGCAGGCUGCCGUUCGACGACGAAUAUAUACCCACCCUUUUCAAAAAAAUUGCUGCCGGAAACUACAGCAUCCCAAACUACCUAUCCUCAGGCUCUGUCAAUCUGAUCAAAAGGAUGUUGAUGGUCAAUCCCGUCCAUCGCAUCACUGUGGCCGAAAUUCGUCAGGAUCCGUGGUUUACCAAGGAUCUCCCCUCCUAUCUAAGCCCUCCACCCGAAGAAUUUUAUGAUACGGGCAUGGAUCCCACCAAGGCGAUCGACCCGCGCAAUCUAGCACCAUCUCAGCCCGAGGCUGUAGUUCAACAGCUGCACGAGGUCGUGGUUGGGAAGCUGGGAAAGACAAUGGGAUAUGCCAAACACGAUGUCCAAGAGGCUUUGGCGCGCGACGAGCCAAGUGCUAUCAAGGAUGCCUAUCUCAUUGUGCGGGAGAACCAGAUCAUGAAAGAGAACCCUCUCUUGACUGAUGAAAAGAACCUUCAACCGUUUUCGGCGCAGUCACCUCCGACUCACGACAACUACAUGGGCUCUAUACCACAGGCUCUUUCGAGAAGUCAGCCACAAGUCAUUCCCCCGCCAGCGGAGACUGAUCGUCAACGGCAUGGUUCGACGUCGAGCAGCCAAAUCGGCGCCGUACGCAGCCCCAUCAGUACCAUCGCGGUUCUACCCAGCAGUCUCCCUGACUUCCACAAAGCAUACAUGAAAGGCCAACCUAAGCCGCCGCCAAGGCUGCCGGAUCCCGAAGGACCUCCCAUGACAGACGAAGAGCGCGCCGCACAGGCCCGGCGGUUGAGGCCGAACUUCAGAUCUGCAGUCCAGGACCCUGCUCGUCAGCGGCCCGAGCCCAUGACGGCUUUACCGCCAACCAAAAAACCCCGGCCUACAAAAUGGCAGUUUGGAAUUCGUUCGAGAAAUCAGCCGGCCGAAGCCAUGCUGGCCAUCUUCAAAGCCUUGAAAGCCAUGGGAGCCGAUUGGGAGGUGCCCAAGAUCCGCAAAGCUGGGGGCGAAAGUGAGGCAUCGAGCCGAAGCAACUCGCGAGGUUCACGGUCGCCUUCCCGAUCCAGGUCGGGAGACAGAUCGUCGGUAUCGUCAAGCUCUGAUGUAGAUGAUCCGGGUUUUGAAGGUAGUCGUGGGGAGUUGAGACUGCGAAACCCGGACCUCGACAAUGAGCCGCCGCGAGGCCGCCAAAAGAAACAUUACAGUGCCGCAAACGACUGGGGCUAUGGGAUACCCGAAGACCCAUGGGUCAUUAACGCACGCUUCCGCAAAGAUGGCAUGUUUCCGCCAGGUGUCCCACAUCCCUCUUCUACACACUCAUCACGCGUCGAUCUCUCAGACCCAACAGGCUUACGGCGCCGUUCCUCCACCAAUACAAGCCAUUCAUCGCUCAACCAUAUGGAAGGCAUACAUGCCGCGGCCAACGAUUCCCAGAACGCCUCAGGCCGCGCCAGCAGCUCGAGUCACUACCCCGCGCCCGACGAGGCCGUUUACAUCUACAUGUCGAUUCAACUCUACAGCAUCGACCGCGACUUCUUCGUCGUGGAUUUCCGCUGCGCAGGCUACGAGCGCAUCGUCGCCAAUCUCGUCCGCGAAAUCAAAGCAUCCGCAUCCGCAUCCAGCACUUCUAUUUCCAACCUCGCCAACCUCACGCAGCACCGCAAUUCACUCGGUCAACACAUGCACGAGGACGGCUGGGACGACGAGCAGGGCGUCUGGCGGCGCUUGGCCGACGAGGUGCAAGUCUCCGAGGAUCUGGUCAAGGAAGUGAAAGAAGGCGGUGGGCUUUUGCGCGAGCGUACCGAGGAAGUUGGCGCCGGGCGGAAAGAAGGCGAAAAGAGGUGUACCAGCCCCUUUCCGUUCCUGGAUGUCGCCAGCACGCUCAUUCUGCAGCUCUCUGGGGAGUGA